CAAACCUUGGCGGUCCCAACACGAGACCUAGUCAAGUCGUUUAUCUAAUCAGCGUCCAUUGAUAAGCGGUAUUCCGAGAGAGCAAUGCGCGAAUCGGCGGCGCUUACUCAUAAGUGGAGUGGCAGUAUCAUCGAGAAUUUCGCAAUUGAAACAUGUAAAGCGCUGGAGGAGAGUGAAUCAAAAGUGAAAUUAGCACAAGGAAUACUAAAAUAAGGACAUGAGUGUGGAGGUGGGUCAUGCGGCAAGUCCGCCCACUCACAUACUGGGCUAUACGAUCCGUAGCCGGACUCGUAUCUAUAUCUCCUACAUAAUUCCCACCUGUCUAGCGCUACUGGUCUUUUUGCUGCAGACAGCAACCGACCUGGCACUGAGCUAUCAACAUUUCCGGCAACAUGAUGUAGGCUAUGGAGUUGGUACAUUAAUAAUAGUACUGAUGCCACCGCUGCUCACCUACGUCCUGGUGCUCAGCUCCAGGGAUCAGCGCAGAAGCGUUCAGGCAAAUCGCAGUGCAUUUGUCAGCUGUAGCCUGGGAAUGCUUCAGCUGUUGCUGUUCCCAUUCACGGUGCUUUACCGGUUUACAAUGCGGCUAUUUUGGUCGGUUGAGGCGCUCUUCCAUGAGGAUGAUGAUGUGCAGCGCAUGAAGUGUUUGGCGAAGGCAACGCAAUCGUCCAGCAUUGAGCUUUAUUUGCUAAUCCAAGCCUAUGCUCAGGCAGCUCCACAGAUUAUACUCCAAAUGUACUACAUGCUCGGCGAGGAUCUUUUCCGAAACUAUGAAACAUCCACCUUGCAGGGCAUGUGCCUGGUAUUCGCUGCCAUAGAUCUGGCGGCGAUUACGACUAGCUAUCAUCGUAUUGAGAGCCAGCGACGCGUCGGUCGUUGUUAUCCCUGGGCAACGCCACAGCAGAUGGAGGCACAGCGCUGUCGGCUGGAGCAGAAUGAGCGCUUGUGCGGCGAGGUGGAGCGUAGAAAACGGGAAUCGGAACGCACUGUGACAACAAGCUUCCCCCAAUCUGAGAAGAUCAUGGAGAACUUUCAUGCCAGGCAGGGUCAUAGUCAGGAAGCAACCGUUGGCACACAUGAACUGAACAUACGUGGUCAUGAUGAGGUGGACAACGAUGGAAUGGAAACGGUAGAGACCAAAGCCGUGCUACACACUCCCAGCGUAGCUGCUGGCAAUGCCACCGACGAUGAUAAGAUUCACCAUGCCAUGCCCAAAUUGGUGCUGCGACGCGAGGAACUGCAGCAUGUGGACAGCAUCGAAGUACUAGAUACUGUGCCAGAGACACCAGCGCCUCCACCACCACCAUCGACGGCGCCACCAGCACUGCCCAUGCUCCGGCUGCCCACAGAGAACAGUCCACCAGAGGUGGCGCCAGAUUUGCGACGCACCAUGUCCGAUAAUGAGCACAGACGUAGUCGCCGCAUGACGCGGCCACUCUCCCAUCUAGAGACAUUCAAGGAUAUGCUGCUGAUGAAUGCACAGCUGUACAUUAAAGACCAUGUGCCACGGCCACCAAAGUUGCUCGUCGGACGUGUCGAUGAGGAGGAGUCCAGCGAUGAGCGUACUCCUCUGGUGCUGGCACAGACACCCAAAGGCACACCUCUUACUCCCAAGGAUGUGGUGGACUUUUACUUUCCGCGACCCACAAAGAUUGUGAAUGGCAUACAGCAGGAUGACUUUGCGGGCAAAACCGUUGCCUUCUUUGGCUGGAUAGCCUUCAUCAUUAUGCGCAUGCUGUCGCUGGCCACAUUCUGUGUAUUCUAUCCCCGAGCCUUCUUCAUCAUUGUGGGCGUCCACUAUGCCGUAAUGCUGGCCGCCUUAGCGCUGGAGACACGCUGCCGAGGCAGCUGGAGCCGCACACUGUUCUUUCUGCUGCUUGCGUAUAUAUACAUAUUUGUGCUGUUGGAGCUUCGUGUGUGCUUUAAGAGUGUGCGAAGGUGGUAUGGCUGGUAUCUAGUGCUCAUCCUGGUGGAGAACAUCACCAUGACUUCCAUCUGGUAUGGAGCAGAAGAGUUUGAAUCGUGGUGGUUUGGUUUCAUUUGGGAAUGGAUCGUCUACAGCGGCAUUCUGUUUCUGGCCACCAUAAUUGUUUACUACUCGAUACUGCGACCCAAGGAUGUCACCCUCAUUGUCGAGGACGAUGCACCACAGCAGACGCAACAGUCGGUUGCUUAGCAGCUUGGGCCUGUUGUCAAGCCCGGAAUACUAUGUUUACCUUAACAAAGCAAUCAUUCAAAAUAGAUAUCAUUGCUUGUAUCACAAUAAUAAAUUAUUUUCGUUAGUUUAAACACAAAA